GGCUACGGUUUAAGAGAACUUAUUUAAGAGAAAGUACGGAUUUAAGAGAGAGGAAUUGGCUUGUACCAAUCAAAAUCGAUUUAAGAGAAAUUUCCUAUUGCAGCUGGGAUUUUUCUCUUAAAUCGAACAAUAUGGAAACCACGUGGACACACACACACAUCACACACCCACACAGCUGCAGACACCAUGCCCUGCGCGGCGGGCAGUCGCUGCACGGCUGUCCCCGAUCACACGCCAGGCCCGCCGGCGUUCACAAAUCACCAAUGUAGAGGAGUCUGCGGGCAGUACCUCCAUGGCACCUGUGGUGUGGUGGACCCUCAGGGCACCUCCGAGAUGCAUCGCAUCUGCCACAACUGCCUGUCCUCCCGUGAGCGCAUGACUUCAGGCGAGAUGGUAGAGGACCUAUGUGAUGAGAAUUUGGUGGACAUGGAUCGUUCCUCUGACGACGAGGACGACGACCUGGUUGAGCUACGCCAAUCGGGACAGUCGGCGGCAGCAGCGGCCCCGGCUCCGCCGCCGUACGCGAAUGUAGCAACCCAUUUUGGUGAACUCGAGGAUACUGCCGAGAAGUGCCGCAUGUCCGAAGUGUCUUUUCACCUCCGCAAGGCUAAGCUAGCGUGGAUGAGUGCCUACGGUUCGAGGGAAACCAAGCAGACGUGCAUGAGGGACUUCCUUUGACGGUUGCAGCGCAGAUCGUGUUCAGGCUGACAGGUCGCCAGGGUAGCGUUGGUUUCUUGGGUUUGUGUUUUUGUCGGGGGUUUAAAUCGAUGGGAUGACAGGGCGGUUUGGCCUCGGGCGGUGAGCUCUGCUGUAGAUUCUGCUCCCCGUUGUAGCUCCACAACGAGAAACGCCCACAGGAUGACCAGGGUAUCGGCUUGUAGCUACGGGCUAGGCCUUCAAUUCAAGUCACGCAGCAAGCUCCACCUCUCAGCGGUAGUCCAGCUACAGCGCAUCGCCCAAUCUCGCUCUCAAUCAGAAACUUCGCUCUCAGUCACACGAAAACCUUGUUGUGCGUCGUUCUUGAGUGCUGGUACAUUCGUUGCCUCGUGUUGUCCUUCUAGAAGAGGUGCGACUAUGAAACACAGCUAUAAAACAACUCAACCAAAAACCUUUUACGUGUCCACGUGCAACAUGUGCAUCGCAUCACACCACGAUGAUUUAUUUUCCGAACGCAGAUCCACCAAAAGCGUACCACGUACAGCAGUACUUGGGUCCACGUGCUUGCCAACCAAGAGAAUGAGCGGUGUUUGGAGGUAGUCCGACGUGGUAACGCUAGCUGCGCAAGUGACAUGCAUGAUACGCUCUCUUCAUGACCUAUUUUGGCAUUCGAAUGUAGUCAGUGCGCGAGAGUCCCUGUUUCACGACCUUUAGUUUUGUCUAUGAUAUAAGAGAAUAUUCUCUUAUAGUGAGAUACUGUUUAAGAGAAUUCUCUCUUAUACCGUAGCCAACACGAUAUAACAGAAAGCCGGAUUUAAGAGAGUGAAAUUGGCUUGUACCGACCCUCUCUUAAACCGUAGCCGCUA